AUGAGCGCUCUCGGCAUCACCGCUCAGAUUCCGAAUUUCAUAAUGAGCAUAAUAAAUAUGUCACAAAUCAUCGGCGGUUCGCUGAUGAUUCGCGUCGCAGGACCACUUACGGUGAACUGCCUCAAUGUUGCCGUUAUUCUGGCGCUGGUCAUUUUUCAGGACCCUUCUCAGGAUGCGAUGAGCUGGUUCUACACUGUAUCGCUAGUUAUUGUCAUGGUGAUGAACGCUAGUAACGGAUUGUAUCAGAAUUCAGUAUUCGGUUUAGCAGCAGAUUUCCCAGCUGCAUACACGAACGCCCUUGUAGUGGGUACCAAUUUGUGGUUACCUUGCAACGCUGAUAUUCUAUGUGGCGUAUCGCUGGUGUACGUAACCCGACUGAAAUUCUACAAAUUCUACGUCAGGAAAGGAAAACUAAGCCGCAUUGCUGAACAUUCAACACGGCCCAGCUUGCGACAGUUCUACGAAACUUUCAAAAACAGUUGGAUGCAAUUACUGAGCAUAUUUCUGGUGUUUUUCGUCACUCUUGCCGUGUUUCCUACUGUACUUGCGGGUACUACGCCCAACAAAAAAGGUCAACCGUGGAACAGCGCCAUUUCAAAAGAGCUGUAUCCUGGCAUCACAACAUUCCUCAACUUCAACCUUUUCGCGGCAAUCGGGUCAUCAACUGCUAAUUUCGUGCAGUUCCCGGGACCAAAACUGCUGAUAGUUCCUGUGCUGGCCCGUCUACUGUUCAUUCCAUUCUUCAUGCUCUGUAACUAUAACGUCGACGAUCGGGUAAUGCCGGUGUUUUUCGCGAAUGAAUGGUUCUUCAUAAUUGGGAACACCAUCAUGGCAUUCACCAGUGGCUAUUUCAGUUCACUCGGAAUGAUGUACGCUCCGAGAGUCGUUCCGAGUGCACUCUCGAAAACUGCAGGAAUGGCAGCUGCUUUGUGUCUGGUCACAGGCAUAAUGUGUGGUGUGGCGUUCACACCAGUUGUUACUAUAAUGGUGAACAGAAUCAGCUGA